UGGCAAGAAUGGGUCUGCUUGAGUUGCUACUUUGCUGUAGCCUGCUCUCCGUUGUCAUUGCAAAUGAAGACCCUGUCCUGGGUGGGUUUUUAACUUUCACACCCAAGGGAAAGAAUUCAGAUGGAACAAUCAGGAUGGACUCCCGUUUCAAAGCGUCAGAAAUCUACACUGGAUCAUGCUCGCCAACGUCUUCGUGGAAAUGCCAUCAAGGAGACUGUGGUACCAUAACCAUUUCUGAAUAUGGAGAAACUGAUCCUGACCACUCUGGAGACAACUGUGAGGUAGAGGGCUUUGUUACGAGAAGCCUACGAAGUGAUAAACCUUUUCACUUACUGGAUCAAGGUUGUUGUUGGAUCUACAAUACAGAAGAUCUUGGCUCGUGGAGCAUGAUAGCUCAUAUUGAUCUGGGAAGAAGAUCAGAUACUGGAAACCCCAACAGAUCCCCAAUAACGACAAUGCCUCCACAAAUCAGGGUUCCCCAAAACUCUCCUACAACUUACAAUUUUUUGGACUAUGACCCCGAUGGUGAUAAUGUAAGAUGUCGAUAUGGAAUUAAAAACAAUUUGGAGUGUAGCACCUGCAAAACAGUUCCAGGCUUUACCCUAGAUGAGAAUGCCUGCAGUUUAUCAUUUUCUGGCUCAUCAUCACCUGGAGUACAUGUGUUUGAACUUGUACUGGAAGAUUUUCCAAGGCAAAACACCACAUUAAAAUACAAUGAUGGGACCUCCACUGUCAAAUACCCAGUGUCACUAAAUGCAUCUGAUCCACUGAGCAAAAUACCUCUUCAAUUUCUAGUUAUAGUUGGUAGUGCUGUGCCAUCCAAUGUUUUGGGGGAAUACAUACCAAAAUAUACAACUUCAACUCUUACCCAUGGCACCUUCAUAAGCACAUCACUUGGUAAAGAAUUUUCAUUUCCUGUCUCCGCAGUAUCAACGAAAUCACAGAUAAAAGACAUCGAGAUCAGUGGGCCCCUAAACAUAGAAAAAACAUUUGAGUACAAUAAUGUCACUGGAGUUGGCAAGGCAAUGAUUAAGUGGACCCCAACUGCGAAUGACGUAGGAGAAGAUAUUCCCAUAUGUUUUAUUGCAGAAACUACAGCUGAGUAUCAGUCAGAACUAAGAUGCAUAAUAGUAGUCGUUGAAGAAAGCCAAAACGAAUCGAGCAUUGUCAUUGCAAACGAAGCCCCUGCCCUAGGUGGGUUUCUAAGUUUCACGCCCAAGGGAAAGAAUUCAGAUGGAACAAUCAGGAUGGACUCCCGUUUCAAACUGUCAGAAAUCUACACUGGAUCAUGCUCGCCAGCAUCUUCGUGGAAAUGCCAUCAAGGAGACUGUGGUACCAUAACCACUUCUGAAUAUGGAGAAACUGAUCCUGGCCAAUCUGGAGACAACUGUCAGUUACAGGGUUUUGUUACAAGAAGCCUACAAAAUGAUAAACCUUUUGACUUGAUGGAUCAAGGUUGUUGUUGGAUCUACAAUACAGAAGAUCUUGGCUCGUGGAGCAUGAUAGCUCAUAUUGAUCUGGGAAGAAGAUCAGAUACUGGAAACCCCAACAGAUCCCCAAUAACGACAAUGCCUCCACAAAUCAGGGUCCCCCAAAACUCUCCGACAACUUACAAUUUAUUGGACUAUGACCCAGACGGUGAUAAUGUAAGAUGUCGAUAUGGAAUUAAAAACAAUUUGGAGUGUAGCACCUGCAAAACAGUUCCAGGCUUUACCCUAGAUGAGAAUGCCUGCAGUUUAUCAUUUUCUGGCUCAUCAUCACCUGGAGUACAUGUGUUUGAACUUGUACUGGAAGAUUUUCCAAGGCAAAACACCACAUUAAAAUACAAUGAUGGGACCUCCACUGUCAAAUACCCAGUGUCACUAAAUGCAUCUGAUCCACUGAGCAAAAUACCUCUUCAAUUUCUAGUUAUAGUUGGUAGUGCUGUGCCGUCCAAUGUUUUGGGGGAAUACAUACCAAAAUAUAUAACUCCAACUGUUCACCAUGGCACCUUCAUAAGGACAUCACUUGGCAAAAAAUUUUCGUUUCCUGUCUCCGCAGUAUCAACGAAAUCACAGAUAAAAGACAUCGAGAUCAGUGGGCCCCUAAACAUAGAAAAAACAUUUGAGUACAAUAAUGUCACUGGAGUUGGCAAGGCAAUGAUUAAGUGGACCCCAACUGCGAAUGACGUAGGAGAAGAUAUUCCCAUAUGUUUUAUUGCAGAAACUACAGCUGAGUAUCAGUCAGAACUAAGAUGCAUAAUAGUAGUCGUUGAAGAAAGCCAAAACGAAUCGAGCAUUGUCAUUGCAAACGAAGCCCCUGCCCUAGGUGGGUUUCUAAGUUUCACGCCCAAGGGAAAGAAUUCAGAUGGAACAAUCAGGAUGGACUCCCGUUUCAAACUGUCAGAAAUCUACACUGGAUCAUGCUCGCCAGCAUCUUCGUGGAAAUGCCAUCAAGGAGACUGUGGUACCAUAACCACUUCUGAAUAUGGAGAAACUGAUCCUGGCCAAUCUGGAGACAACUGUCAGUUACAGGGUUUUGUUACAAGAAGCCUACAAAAUGAUAAACCUUUUGACUUGAUGGAUCAAGGUUGUUGUUGGAUCUACAAUACAGAAGAUCUUGGCUCGUGGAGCAUGAUAGCUCAUAUUGAUCUGGGAAGAAGAUCAGAUACUGGAAACCCCAACAGAUCCCCAAUAACGACAAUGCCUCCACAAAUCAGGGUCCCCCAAAACUCUCCGACAACUUACAAUUUUUUGGACUAUGACCCCGAUGGUGAUAAUGUAAGAUGUCGAUAUGGAAUUAAAAACAAUUUGGAGUGUAGCACCUGCAAAACAGUUCCAGGCUUUACCCUAGAUGAGAAUGCCUGCAGUUUAUCAUUUUCUGGCUCAUCAUCACCUGGAGUCCAUGUGUUUGAACUUGUACUGGAAGAUUUUCCAAGGCAAAACACCACAUUAAAAUACAAUGAUGGGACCUCCACUGUCAAAUACCCAGUGUCACUAAAUGCAUCUGAUCCACUGAGCAAAAUACCUCUUCAAUUUCUAGUUAUCGUUGGUAGUGCUGUGCCGUCCAAUGUUUUGGGGGAAUACAUACCAAAAUAUAUAACUCCAACUGUUCACCAUGGCACCUUCAUAAGGACAUCACUUGGCAAAAAAUUUUCGUUUCCUGUCUCCGCAGUAUCAACGAAAUCACAGAUAAAUGACAUCGAGAUCAGUGGGCCCCUAAACAUAGAAAAAACAUUUGAGUACAAUAAUGUCACUGGAGUUGGCAAGGCAAUGAUUAAGUGGACCCCAACUGCGAAUGACGUAGGAGAAGAUAUUCCCAUAUGUUUUAUUGCAGAAACUACAGCUGAGUAUCAGUCAGAACUAAGAUGCAUAAUAGUAGUCGUUGAAGAAAGCCAAAACGAAUCGAGCAUUGUCAUUGCAAACGAAGCCCCUGCCCUAGGUGGGUUUCUAAGUUUCACGCCCAAGGGAAAGAAUUCAGAUGGAACAAUCAGGAUGGACUCCCGUUUCAAACUGUCAGAAAUCUACACUGGAUCAUGCUCGCCAGCAUCUUCGUGGAAAUGCCAUCAAGGAGACUGUGGUACCAUAACCACUUCUGAAUAUGGAGAAACUGAUCCUGGCCAAUCUGGAGACAACUGUCAGUUACAGGGUUUUGUUACAAGAAGCCUACAAAAUGAUAAACCUUUUGACUUGAUGGAUCAAGGUUGUUGUUGGAUCUACAAUACAGAAGAUCUUGGCUCGUGGAGCAUGAUAGCUCAUAUUGAUCUGGGAAGAAGAUCAGAUACUGGAAACCCCAACAGAUCCCCAAUAACGACAAUGCCUCCACAAAUCAGGGUCCCCCAAAACUCUCCGACAACUUACAAUUUAUUGGACUAUGACCCAGACGGUGAUAAUGUAAGAUGUCGAUAUGGAAUUAAAAACAAUUUGGAGUGUAGCACCUGCAAAACAGUUCCAGGCUUUACCCUAGAUGAGAAUGCCUGCAGUUUAUCAUUUUCUGGCUCAUCAUCACCUGGAGUCCAUGUGUUUGAACUUGUACUGGAAGAUUUUCCAAGGCAAAACACCACAUUAAAAUACAAUGAUGGGACCUCCACUGUCAAAUACCCAGUGUCACUAAAUGCAUCUGAUCCACUGAGCAAAAUACCUCUUCAAUUUCUAGUUAUCGUUGGUAGUGCUGUGCCAUCCAAUGUUUUGGGGGAAUACAUACCAAAAUACAUAACUCCAACUGUUCACCAUGGCACCUUCAUAAGGACAUCACUUGGUAAAGAAUUUUCGUUUCCUGUCUCCGCAGUAUCAACGAAAUCACAGAUAAAUGACAUCGAGAUCAGUGGGCCCCUAAACAUUGAGAAAACUUUUGAGUACAAUAAUGUCACUGGAGUUGGCAAGGCAAUGAUUAAGUGGACCCCAACUGCGAAUGACGUAGGAGAAGAUAUUCCCAUAUGUUUUAUUGCAGAAACUACAACUGAGUAUCAGUCAGAUCUAAGAUGCAUAAUAGUAGUCGUUGAAGAAAGCCAAAACGAAUCAGACGUUGAAUGCACUGACACAACAAUGACUCUGUAUGUUUCCAAGUCUUCAGUAAAUGGAUUUAAUGAAACAAAUUUGCGUCUAAAUGACCCUUCAUGUUUGGUGACAACUAAUGGCUCCCACAUUAUUGCAAGUGUGUCUCUGAACUCCUGUGGAACGCAGGUUGAGGAAACUGUGGAUGAAGUCAUUUUCAGAAAUGAAAUUACGUCAUUUGAUAAUCCUUACGAUGUCAUAACCAGAGAGCAUCGGAUAGAGAUACCAUUCACUUGCAAAUUCUCCAGAAAGAGUCGACUGUCAGCCUCCUUCGAAGCACACAAGAGUGCCUCUUUCUCCACCGGUGUCGGUUUUGGCAACUUCACCUAUUUGUUUGAGUUCUAUGACAGCAGUGCUUUCAGAACAGUGAUAGACCCCAAAACUUACCCCAUAAAGUUGAAGCUAAAGGACAUGAUAUACAUGGGCAUCAAAGUGCGAUCAUCUCUGUCCAACAUUCGCCUGUUUGUAGAGUCCUGCAGAGCCACUCCCCAUGAUAAUCCCAAUGAUCCCAUCUAUUACGACAUCAUUACCAAUGGGUGCACUAAAGAUAAAACAACAAAGGUCUAUUCAGGCAGUCCAAAAGAAUUCAGAUUUGGACUGCAGGCCUUCAGUUUCAUUGGCAACUAUGAACAGGUAUACAUCAGCUGCACAGUUCUCCUGUGUGGAGCUGGAGAUAACAAAACUAGGUGUGCCCAGGGCUGCACCGACAACUACAACCGACGCAAGAGAUCCAUGGUUUCAGACACCCAGAGACACUUCAUAUCCCAAGGGCCUUUACGUCUUGUUGAGAACUCUUCAGGCAGCCCAGGUUCCAGUCUGAAUCGGGUCAUUGUUGUCGCUUUAAUUGUGGCCAUUGCUCUGGUUGCUUGAGCUGUGAUCUACAAAUCAAAAAUGUCCAGGGAUUACAAAUAAUAUA